CUCGCCCACAGCGAUCCCGCAAACCUGCAUUUACGUACGCUGUGCCGAACCACUGCUUUAGCACGUUGCUCAUGACCACCGCAGCAGAUUAAUUCCAGCAUCUUCGCUCCCCAUCUUUGGAUUUAACUUAAACUCUGCUGUUAUGCUGGCGGGAUGGCAGUGUUGAUCUACGUAUAACCAUUUCAAGCCUCCACUGAGUUCAUUCUUAGCAUGGAGUCCAGUACUUGUUUAGAGCUUGCGCUUGAGGGUGAACGCUUGUGCAAAGCAGGCGAUUUCCACUCAGGUGUCGAGUAUUUAAGCGCGGCGAUCAACGUAGGCACGGAUGAUUUGCGAGUGCUUAGCGCCGUUUACAGUCAGCUGGGAAAUGCUUCAUUUUACCUUGGAGAUUAUAAUAAGGCUCUGCAGUACCAUCUGCUUGAUCUCAAUACAGCCAAGGCAGCCGGCGACUUAUUGGGGGAGGCAAAGGCGAGUGGAAACUUGGGCAACACGCUCAAAAUGAUGGGCAAGUUCGAUGAUGCAGUCACAAAUUGCGAAAGGCACCUAAGCAUAUCCAGGGAAAAAGGCGACAAAAUAGGAGAAGCACGUGCCCUUUACAACUUGGGCAAUGUGUACCAUGCUAAAGGGAAGCACAUAGCCCGUGCCAGUCGGCAGGAACCUGGGGAGCUGCCAUCUGAUGUUCAGGACUGCCUGCGGAGGGCCAUCCACUGCUAUGAGGAGAACCUCAAGUUAAUGGUGGCUCUUGGUGACCGAUCAGCUCAAGGACGAGCGUACGGCAACUUGGGAAAUACAUACUACCUGCUUGGCAACUUCAAGAAGGCCAUUGCCUACCAUGAGCAGAGGCUGAAAUUGGCCAAGGAGUUUGGGGACAAGGCAGCUCAAAGGAGGGCAAACAGCAACCUUGGUAACGCCCACAUUUUCCUGGGAGAGUUUGGUGUUGCGGCAGAGCACUACACGAAGACUUACCAUUUGGCCAAAGAACUUGGAGAUAGGGCAGUUGAGGCCCAAGCCUGUUACAGCUUGGGAAACACAUACACCUUACUACGAGACUUUGAGCGGGCCAUAGAAUUUCAUUUAAGGCACCUCCAAAUUGCUGAAGAACUCAGGGACAAAGUUGGUGAAGGGCGUGCAUAUUGGAGUUUAUGCAAUGCACAUUGCUCCCUGGGUGACCACAAAGAGGCUCUCCACUAUGCCACCCGGCACCUGCGUGUUUCCCAGGAGCUUGGAGACAAAGUAGGCCAAGCAACAGCACAGAUGAGCAUUGCAGACCUGAAGCAAGUUCUUGAAGGUGAUGCAAGCGACGCUAAGAAAGGUGCCAUGGAUGAUCUGAGCACACCACAAGCCUCUUCUAAUGCCGAGAAUGCGAAACCAACGAAGCAAGAAACACCCACUGAUGCUCAAAAGCAGCAACGGUCUGGCAGUGACAUGGAUCAGGAUGCCUUCUUUGAGCUGCUAAGCGAGUUCCAGAGCAAGCGUAUGGAUGAUCAGCGCUGUUCUAUCACACCGCUGGAGAAUAAGGAGAAUGUAUUGCCCAAUGGAUCACCUCCAUAUCCCAGCCCAACAAGUUCAGGCCCAGAGGACAGUGCUAGUGUUCGGGAGGAACUGCUUGACCUGAUAGUAGGCAUGCAGAGCCGCCGCAUGGAUGAACAACGCACCAGCCUUCCACAGCUGCCAGGUCUGCGCCGCAACAACCACAACAAUAAUAGCCUGCAUCACCAUCACCGCAUGUCUGUUGGAUCGGUGCUUGAGGAUGACUUCUUUGACAUGAUUGUACGGUGCCAGGGUAGCCGGCUGGAGGACCAGCGCAGCAGCAUGCCCACUCUGCAGCGUGCCCCAAGCGCUCCUGUGGUGCCCAGCUCACGAUCGGCACCAACAGUGCCCGACGAGGACUUUUACUCGCUCAUCCUGCGUGUGCAGGCAGGCCGCAUAGAGGACCAGCGCACCUCCUUCCGGCCCCCCGAUGCCGCCCCAACCACUUCGUCUGCCCCCGUCCGGGCCAGCCUCAAGGGUAGUCUCAAGUCGGCCCUACGGGGAAGCCGCCACUCCAAGUCCAAGCAGUGAAGGCAGUACAUGUUGCUUGCCAGAGGGUCUUGCUCACAAGAAGCACGAUUUGUGUGCUCUAGAGUAGCCACACAGGUGAGGCCUCUAAUGAAUUCCUGACAGAUUCUUAAUCAUGUCCACAUAAAUGUAAACCAACAGAAGGCAGUUGUGGUCAAAUGACUUGGCAAGGAGAAAUCGUAAUGUUGGUGCCACCAAAGACCCCUAGUUUAGUUUGACUCAGUUUCAACUGUCCAUACAUAUAACUCAUUUCAUUUUAUUGCAUCUUGUGCAUAGCAUAUGAGAUGUAUUGAUGACAUAGCGCAGUGCAGCAGUCAUUGUAGUUUUAAUUUUAUAAUGUUUCACUGCACUGUGUCACAAGAUUAAUGCAGCUUUAUUUUAUGCCGAUACUUUCUGCCAUUUUUGUUUGUAUGCAGUGGUAGUCCAACAGCGCAUUGGCACAUUUUGCCGACUGAUUUGUGCUUUCUUACAUGAACUUGCAUGCUCUAGGGGAUGUGAAUGAAGUUACAUUGUUCAACAGCACUACAAUAAUGAGAUCUGCAGCAUUUGUACAUAUGUAGUUUCCUUGCAAAAGCAACCUUGGUUGGCAUAUGGUAAAGACGUUACUUGAAUUAUUGACAGCUGUUUGUGGUCAUGCAGAAUUUAUGUAGCCUGGUUGUUUUGAUUCAGUGGAUAUACUCGUAGAAAAAAUUCAGGCACAGUCAGUGACGUCCUUAAGAGAAAAACUUGCCUGCAGUGAUAUCAUGCUGAUGUUUGCAGUAUGGCUGAUGUUACUGACAUCUUUAUAAAAAAAUACCACUUCUGUGUGGCAGCCAGCAUGGAAAAAUUCAGCAUUUUCGUAGUAGUUCGUGGGAAGAUAUAGAUAAAUUUUGCUAUGUUUGGGCAUAGCUUUGUGGCAUACACCUGUCGUAUUAUUCAUAUUAGAAGAUGACACUUUGUUUAAAAAAAAACAUUUCAGUCAUUAACCAUGUUUAGACAUAUGUUUUGUAAUGCUCAUAAAUAAUGUUAAGUUAGAUAGAAUUUUUAUCUCCCUUUGUGACAACAUUUCCUCAACAAUAUUAAUUUAAGAUGAAAGUGGCAUCAACAGCCAUUUCUACUGAAAAAUUGCUUGAAUAUGUUAAUUUCCUUGCACAAGUGACCUCCUUCUGAGCAGCAAGUUCAAUUAAUUUGUCAUUCCACAACCUUUAGUGCUGUUAAAAAAAAUUAAACAGCAUCAAGUUUAUCUGAAGCCAUAGCUUCAUUUCACACAAGAAAAUAGGAUUGAUAUGUAAAGAUUUUCAAGCAGGCAUCUCCACACAACACCACUAUGAAAAUGUGUGUGCUUGUGCUCAAAGCAUGUGCAGGGCAAAGAAUGUGUUAACAUUUUCCUGCUGCAUUUUGUGAGCCCUAGCUAUGAGCUGUGAGCCCUUCCUUGAGCUCGAGAUCCUCAUCUUAGUAUGGUAUUUGAAUUGUGUGUAGAAACCAGCUUGUGAACUCUGCAUAUUAUCGACUGGGCAGUCUAAAAUGAGCUCUAAUUGCUAUUUGCUAAGAGUAAUUAUAGCAUCACCAGUUUACAUUCAUAGUACCAGUUGGAGUCACGUCAAGUGUGAGGAUUCAUCAGUGGCAUCACAGGUUGAUGCUAUGACAGUAUGGAUUAUGGUUGCAAGUGAAUGCUGGCAAAGUGUUGUAUUUAGUUUUUUAUUUGUGAAACAUAAAAGUGCUGCACAUUAAUGAUGCUUCAAAUAUCAUAUCUUUGUAUGUAUAUCUAUCAGUUCUCCAUGUCUUUGUGAAAUGGUAUGACACUUUCCUUUUUGUUUAUUUUUCGAGUGGAGCAAAAUGUGUUCUCCUGGAUUUUCUUCUCAACUGAAAGUAAUUAUAGCACCAGUUUAUUUACAUAGACAAUGAAAUAGCUGUUUUAGUAAGCUGUAUGAUGUAUGUAAAUUAUAUUUAUUUGUGCAUUACUAUUUGGUUUUCUUUACAUGCAGCAUAUUAGUCUCCAAAUUGAUUAUCAAAGUACCUCAUUGAAAUUAAGGGCUCUGAGUGCUAUAUUUAGUUCCCAGUACUAGAUUUACUGCUACGUUAGUGAUAUACUGAUGUGGUGACAUCGCCUGUGUGUAAUGUAAUAAACCAUGUGAGCCUGAGUGCUCUAGCCAAUGCCACAUGGUGAUUUUGAAUUCUUGUAGCUUUGUAUGUCACUGUGAAACAACUUUCUAUUGCUACAGCUACAUGGAAUGGCUAAAUAUAAAGCAUUUAUUUAUGUUUUGAUGUCUUUUCUUCUGUGUUACUGCUAAAUUUCUUGUACAACCUUUGCCACAAGUUUGCAGGCCACAGUGCAUGUGACGAGAACCCUCAUCAGGGCAUGUAAUGGGGUGCCUGUGGUGCUUUUGGGGUGUAGGGAGUAAAGAUAGUUCAUAACUCUAGAGCUUCGGGGUGCUGUGAAUGCUACAAGAGCCCCACUAUGUAGCCCAAAAACUGCUAGAGUCAUGUGAUUUGUGGCCUGUUUUGCUUUUGACAAAGAUUUCUGCUUAAAUAGCAAACGUUUUGGCCUGUACUCGUCUUUCUGAUUGUGCUCAAUGCACGUAGUCUCUCUUUAUUUUAAUUUGUUGCACAUCUGGCUGUGGUAGGAAUGCAAUGGGUAGUUGGCUAAGGACUUCAGAUGCUUGACCAAUGGAGCUGACCAAAACUCGUUUCAGGUAAAUGCACUUUUUCCUGACAUCCUCUAUAAUGCACAGAAAAUGAGUGAGACCAAUGCCACAGCCUAGUAGCACAGUUAUCACAUUGCUAUGAAGCAUUGGCAAUAUAUAUUUGUGAUUUUUCCUAGAGGUUCGCACAUCUUUUGAGUGAUGAAAGUGAGGAAUUUCCCCUACUCGUGUAAUGCUGAUAUUUGUGAUUUUUCCUAGAGGUUCGCACAUCUUUUGAGUGAUGAAAGUGAGGAAUUUCCCCUACUCGUGUAAUGCUGGUGUGCUAGUUAAGGUGUGACCUUGUGUGUAGUAUCUUGCACAAAAGUAAAACUUAUUCGAGCACCAACAAUCUUGUAUGUAGCAAAUUUCCUCUGGAGACAACAUUCCAUUUUCAAGCUGCUGUGUCUAAAUAGUGGCGGUACACCUGGCAUCUUAGAGUUGAACAGUGCGGCUGAACAGGUAGUGCAUAAACUUUCCAAUACUUCCUUAUUUGGGUCCAGAGUAGUAUUUGACCAAUACUUUCUGGUUAGGAAUAUGGCUUUUUCUAUACUUUCUGUUUAGGAAUAUGUCUUGUUCUAUGUGUAUUCGCAUUCUUUCAUAGGCUCAAAUGCAUAGCAAGUAGUAAGAGGAACAAGAGGCUGUACCAUACAAUCUGCAGGUACUCCUUCACUUGGUUGCUCUCUUCUUAACAAGCAUGUUUUUAUUUGUGAGAGAUUCUGGCCCUUUCUUGGUAAAUUUAGCUUCAUAUCUGUCAUGUUGUAGCUAGGGAAGCAGACAUGUUGGACACUUCUUUGUUUACAUGGGAUAUGUAGUCAGCAUGUCUUCAUCUUCAUACAUAGUCUCUUGAGCUGAGGUAUUAAUUCUGUGAUCUAAGGUUAGCAGAAUUGCAGCGUGAUAAAGGAGGGAAACAGGACUUCUGUUGAGGUGCCAAAUGCCAACAGUGGUGUCAUAGCCUUACACACCUACUUAAAUUUGCCCAUUAGUUCUUAAAUUUCGCUGCAGUUUUAACCUGGUAUGAGAAAGACCUGAAAGAAGCCUGAUUAGAUUGCUGUGGCAAUACCUUUAUGCCCCUUUUCAUUGACUUUGCUCAUGAUCUCAUCACUGUAUGACCUGAAAAGCAUCUGCAGUUAGUUUUAUUCAUUGUAUGGAUUUUUUUUCUGUCACAUAGAAAAUGAUGUUGCUAUUAAGCAGAUUUAUUUUUUUUUUUGUAAGACUAAAAUCUACAGGGUGAAAAUCCUAUAUAAUUCAGUCUAUAUGCGCUUAUUCUGCAGUAGUUUCUAAAAGAUGAAAAAAAAAAUUUUUUUCUGGAACUAUUUCUGCCUGUUGGUGGUACAGCGAUAGUGUGUUCAUUAAAUUACAAUGAUAUGGUAUACAAGCCUAGCAAAGCCUCAUUAAUAAUGCCGACUAUUGUGUUAUUGGUCACUGCUGCUACCGUACCAAGUGGCGAGUCAAUGCUUCAUACAAUGGUGUAACAUAUAAAAAGUACCAUCAGAGCAUAUCUAUUAUGCUGUUGUGGAGGAGGGUACGUUCUUCUUUUCCAUUAAUCCAGAAACUAUGUAAGCCUCCUCUUGAAGCUUUAUAGAUUAUCUGUCUGGAAGUCUGAUUAUUUGUUAUGUGCCAAUAUAAUGCUUUGUUGCCAAGGUUCUUGCGGCUGCUCAUUUUUAACCACACAUGCCAAAGCUGCCAAGUUGAUGAGAACUUCAUGUAACCUCCCCCAGUGUUGCUUUCUGUGAAUCUGCCAGUACUAACGUCACAUGACAGGUAGCGUAGUCCACAUUAGGUGGUGCCACUCUGAUUUUUCAUGUCAUAGUUUUUGCUAUGAGUGACAAAUUUAUUACAAAAGCUUAAGUCUUCAUUGUCCUUUUUAAUGCCAAAUUUAGAACAAUACAAGCAAAAAGAGUCACCUAGUGGACAAGCACGCAUCUUUCUAACUGAAUCUCAGAUGAGCCUUUUUGGUGAAAAUCUAGGAAUCCCACUGGAUAUUGGUGGCAGCUAAAAUAAUUUUUUCCUAAAAUUUAUUUCAUCAGGGAAGAAAACAAUUGGUGAACAUAUUGUUUACACUGUUGUGCUGUUCUUAGAAAACAAAGCAUUACGUUUUGGCGUGAAAAAAGGAAUGCAAAAUAAGAAGUUUAUUUUCAUCUUUCAGCCAAAGUAAUGGUGAAUAGGCUAUUGGAGCCCAGUUGUAAAAGCACCUGUGUCAGCACAUAUUUAUUAGUGUGAGCACUUGUGAAAAGCUAAUGGCAUUGAGUCCCUUAAUGACAGAUAAUCUUCUCGUGACAGUAAGUCCACAUUAUUGUCAGCUUCAGCGCAUUCAAGAGUUAAUGGAGUUGCAGAAGUGUGUAGAGUCAUGUUUGAAAUAACUUGCGUGAUUUCUCUUCACAUGGUACACAUACUGAAACCACUUGCAUUCAUUUGCCAUCACCUGCUGUGGUAGCUUAGAAGGUAAGGUGUCGCGCUGCUAUGCUCAAGGAUGAGAGUUCAAUCCCCGGCCAUGGCAGUCACAUUUUUAUUAGGGCAGGAUACUAGAACAACUGUGUAGUUAGGUUUAGGUGCAAGUUAAAAAACCCCAAGGUGCUCGAAAUUAAUCUGGAGUCGCCCACCAUUGCAAUCAUAUUGUUAUGGCUUGUAAAACACUAGAAAUUCAUUGAUUCACUUGCCAUCACCUUUCUGUAGUUAAUCUGACAUUUCAUUAAAUUUUUCUCAUUCAAUUUAGAUUUGAAGGUUUGGAAUCGGUGCUGCUCAUUGGGUGAGGUUUUAAGUGUCAUAACCAUGAGUUUAUCAUGAGGCACGCCAUAGGGCAGAAUUUGGAUUAAUUUUGGCCCCCUGGGUUUCUUUAAUGCACACUUAAAUAUAAGUACAUGUGUGUUCUUGAAUUUGGCUCCAUUGAAAUAUGGUUGCCAUAGUAGGGAAUCGGUUGAGUCCUCAAGCUUAGCAGGUGACACCUUACUGCUAAGCCGUUGCAGCGUGUCGCCACUUAUUGGUUUGGCACUGUUUCAAUGUGCAGUAUGUCUAGUUAUGAAGCCUUUGACAAAGGCAGCAACUUCAAAGGAACAAAUGUCAUGUUUCCCAGCCUGCAACUUAUUUUAAUGUCUUAACCUUUUUUUUAAAGCAUUUGUUUGCUUCCUUGUGUUUUAGAUUGUAUUGGCACAGGGCCAUGUUUGUUUUUCUCCCUUGAUGCCAUGACACCAUGUGAAAGGUUUUGCUUCACGGUGAUGAUCAUUGUGCAGUGUGUUAAUGUUGGCAUUUGUGCUUUGUGGACAUUGAAAGCGAAAUCCAAACCCUCAACUACUGCAUAGAACCAGCAAAAGAGAAAUGUGCUUUGCAGCUUGUGGAAUGGAGAUUGUGUUGUGCUGGUGAUGUGCAGGCCUCCAAUAGAGCGUCUGGCUUGUAGUUCUGAGCCCUAGGGCAGAAUCGCCUGCCUUAUCAAGUCUUUGAGGCAGCCUUGCCAGGCAUGCUUCAGCAGGUACCUGAACUGCUUGUCUUUUAUGGUUUGUAAAGCGUCCCUUUGAGAAGGCUUUUUCGUCUGGCACAUUUCUCUCGUCUCUUGGUGAUGUAAGACGCCUGCUGCAUGAUAAUGUGCAUACAUGCCAGCCAUCCGUGUUUUCCGCAAGUUAAGACCUCAAAGGUGUGGCUAUCUGUCCGUCAGUGUACUUAAAUGUCUUGUGAACACUAUUAUGAAUAUGGAAGGUCAGGGUGGGUGUUGUCAAAUUUGCAUUUAUGAAGCGCACACACAACACACAGGUGCACAUGUAGUUCGCAGUGCUGAAUGAAGUAGCUGUCACUGGAAAAUUCUGCACACCUCUAAGGCCACUGCAAACAAGCCAAGGAUAGUUUUGGUACCAGGGAGUGACCAACACCAUUGCAAUUAGUAUAUGAUGUCAACAUAGUCAUGAAAAUUAGACUGAAGCUGUGCUUUAAAUAAUAAGCUUAAAUUCAUUUGGAGUGUGUCAGUAUUUUUUUUUUGAAGAUUCAGUGCUAUGACAUGCCUGAUGGAGUUCAUAAACCUCAUAUAAUGAUUUUUUAAUAGGUAGAUGAAUAGACCACACUUUGGAAAUUUGGAGCAUGUCAGUAAGCCUUUAUUUGCAUUGACCUUUGUCCUUUGUACAGGCAAGAGAAAAAGAAAAUUAAAUAGAACAUUUUACAGCGUAAAAUCGUAAGCCUGCUUUUUAGAUGAACUUGUUUUAUGUUCCGUUAGCUUAUGGCUGUGCAGCUAACAAAUGUUGCUGCUCCAUUUCUUCACAGUACAAGGUAAAUUAUGUUGUGAUGAAACAGGACAUUACUCCCUUAUAUUCAUAUAUAUCUCUAUUUUUUUUUUUUUGCAUGCUAAUUUGACGCGCUUUACAAUUUUCUUGAGAAAUGGCACCACACAAAGUAGUAAUGUUAGAAGAAAAAGAUGUACAGACACAAACACAAGUGAAGGGAAACAAACGUUCAACUUGUCCAUUUGUGACCAUCUCUGCAUGCCUGACGUUUUUUCUAACAUCAAUUCCUACCAACCAGUUGAACUUUCUGUCAUUCUGGGAAUAGUGUCCUUGUGUUCAGGUCUUAAUUUCAUAUUUUCUUUUGCCCACCAUAGGCUUUGAGCACUGCAAUUACUUGCUGAUCACCUACUGUGACUAAAGUAUAACUGCAGGGAGUAAAAUAUAACAAAAAAACUGUUGUAAUAUGUCUGCAUAACUUUGUUCUUAUGUUUGUAAGGUAAAAUGAGGGCUUUGAAACAUAUUUGCAUUACCAAUCAAUACUAGGUAACCUCAGUAUAAAGACAUAUAUUCUGCAAGUGUGCCAGCUCUGACUGCAUCAGAUGGUUCAACUUGAAGUGCAUUUAAUUAUACUUCUGAAGGUGCUUACUGCUGCACCAAAUUAAGACAGCCAGCAAGUUAGGCUACAUUGUUUCAUAGAGGUCUAGUGCUAAUUAAAGUUGAAGUGAGUUUGGAGAUUAAGUAAAGCCCAAGUCUCCUAGAUUAUUGGUAGCAGACAAUUCUGUUGCAACUAGAGUGACAAUCUCUUAGUUCCAAGAAACUUCCUUGUAAAGUCUUCAGUCAGCUGGGCACUUGGAUACAUCCAAAUGCUUCCAGAUUCUUGUUGACUUGCUAUGCAAGGCUGUUCUACGACCACUUGGGUGUGGUUGCUUAGCAUGCUUUAUAUACUAGGAAAUUUUCAAGCAUAUACAUUAGCUUGUUUUAUGGCAAGACAUCAAGAAGGAAAACAUUUAGCAAAUUAAGAACAUGUGGUUUUGGGAGAGCAGCUGAGGAUUGAACAGAUGUUGCAGCUAUGGCCAAGAGUUGAUGCAAGGUUGCUUCAGCCUAAUGGAGGCUCUGCAUCAGACCAAUGCAUUGUCAUGUCAGGGCACUCUGUAUUGGCCAUUGUGCAUCCUUGUGUGUAUGUGUGUGUGUGUAUAUAAUAUAUACCUAAAUAUAUGCGUGUGUACGUAUCAGCCUGGGAGGCAUUCAUGUCCUAAUGUCCCUGUAUGUUGUCAUAGCCAUGAAUUAUGUUUAUUAAAAAAUUCACUUAGUGUCCAUCUCGUACAGGCGUCUCGUAUAUACAUUUUAAAUAUAUAAAGAUAUAACCCAGCCGCAUAUAGGAGCUCAGUAAAAUUGUUCAUGCUUCAUAUAAAGUAUAUUUUUUAGAAGAAGAAGCAAGCCAAAACUUUACUAGUGGUCAUCUUUUCAUGCAGCCAAACUAGUGCAGGCUGCAUCCGUUUAGCGUUUACUGCUUGUUACGCAGUUGUUGCAUGAAGUGAACAGUUCAUGUUAGAACAAAUGUUAUUUCUUCGUGUUCAAUAUAGCACCUGCCAGUGAACAAGAUGGACUGUUUUUUUUUUCUUUUUCUUUGGAUUGGAAAAGAGAGUAAUUGUUGUAACAGUGUUGAUUGUUCACUCUCUGUAAUCAUGUUGAGAAAGCCUGCUAUGCUGAAUGAGACUGUUGGUUCCUCUGCAAGCAAAUGUCAUUUUCAAGAACUUCAACCUACUGCAUUGUGUGAACUUUCAUCCAAGAAAAUGCAUUUGUCAGAUGCCCGUGUGUGCAAAUGUUUGCACAAUAGCUGUUGUUGCGACCGUCAGCAGUUCCCAGUGAUAACAUGAAACAAUACUGUCUACUUGGAAACUGUCAGUAAACUGUAGACACUAUGUUGUCAGCUGGUGAGGGAGCUGCCAUUAUCCCAAACUGAAAUUCUUCCAAGCUACUACAGUGUGAACAAUGUGAGUACCUGUAUUCAACUGCCUUCAUUAUUUCUAGUGUUGACUAGGCAUUGCAACAGUACUUCAGAAAUGAACUGUAAGCUGCCCAUACACAUAUGGAAAUAAACUAUAUAAAAGUAU